AAAAGAAGAAGUCACUAGAGGACUAUGGAGAAACUUGUUUCAAGUUGGUAUAGUAGUGUUCAAUCCUUGCCUGAAACGUAUGUGGUUCCACCAGACCAAAGACCAGGGAAGAUCACUGUUCCUGUAAGCAAGACCAUUCCAGUGAUUGAUCUUGGAAAGGCAGUGGGUGAUGAUCGAACCGAUAUAGUUCAACAGAUUUUGAAUGCAAGCCGGGAGUUCGGAUUCUUUCAGGUGAUCAACCAUGGAGUUUCGGAAAAUCUAAUGGAAGAGACAAGGAAUUUAUUCAACGAGUUCUUCAAUUUGCCAGACGAGGACAAGGCAAGUGUUUACUCUGAGGAUUCCAGUAAGAAGUGCAAGCUUUACACGAGCAGUUUUAACAACGCCAAAAAUAAGGUGCACUAUUGGAGAGAUAACUUGAGACACCCUUGUCAUCCUUUGGAGGAAUGGAUGCCGUUGUGGCCUGAAAAGCCAACUAGAUAUCGAGAGGUGGUUGGGACAUAUUCAGUGGAAGUAAGGGAGUUGUCAUUAAGGAUUUUGCAGCUGAUUUGUGAAGGAUUAGGACUUCAACCGGGGUACUUUGGGGAUAAACUGACCAACUAUCAGACACUGACAGUUAAUCACUACCCACCAUGCCCUGAUCCAAGUUUAACUUUAGGGUUACCUAAACAUUGUGAUCCUAACCUCAUAACCAUUCUACUUCAAGGAGAUGUUUGUGGGCUUCAAGUCUUCAAGGAUGGUCAAUGGAUUGGUAUUGAGCCUUUUCCCAAUGCAUUUGUGGUUAAUAUAGGUUACCAAUUACAGAUUAUUAGUAAUGGGAAGCUUAAAAGUGCUGAACAUCGAGCAGUGACAAAUUCAAACGAAGCUCGGACUAGCAUUGUCUCCUUGAUUGCUCCUUCUUGGGACACAGUCAUAGAAUGUGCAGAAGAUCUGGUAAGUGAAAGCAAUCCCCCACUCUAUAGAGCCUUCCAGUACAAAGAGUUCAUGGGCACCUAUGCAACCCACGGUGGUGACACAGAAACUGUAUUGGAGCCUUACAAGCUCCGUGUUUAAAGUAAUUAAUUAUGUGUGUGAUAUGUCAAACACGGGUUCAUUUUAACAUGUCAUUCGCAAUAUGAUGUAUGUUUUUCCCCUUCAAUAAGAUGUAUUGAAUAAGUAAAAUGUCA